AUGGACGUGAAGCCGACCUCUGGGGAGCCAGUGGACUUCCUGCGGUGGCUCAAUGCACGCAGGAAGUGCAACCUGGAGCUGGUGGACGGCACCUUGCUGAAGGGCUACUCAUUUGGGGCUCCGGUCUCUGUGUCUGGAGAAGUCGUCUUCAACACCGGCAUGGUGGCCUACCCAGAAUCCUUGACCGACCCUUCAUAUGCCGGGCAGAUCCUGGUCAUCACCUAUCCGCUGGUCGGAAACUAUGGGGUGCCAUCGGAUGAGAAAGAUGAGUUUGGACUUCCCAAGUGGUUUGAGAGUGACAAGAUUCACUUGAAAGGAGUUGUGAUCUCCGACUACUCCUACGAGCCAUCGCACUACAGCUGCAUUCGAACUCUGGGGCAGUGGCUGGAGUCUCAGGGCAUUCCGGGAAUCUAUGCUGUUGACACAAGGCUGGUGACUAAGCAGAUCCGCAAGACCGGCUCGAUGUUGGGAAAGCUCAUCGUGCAGGGCAGCGCGCCCAGCUCCCAAGUCCCCAUGGACGACCCCAACACGCGAAACUUGGCAGCAGAGGUGUCUAGAAAGCAGAAGGAGGUCUUCACGCCUUCCCAGCUGAACUCUCGGCUGAACCGGGAGGUUCACAUCCUGGCAGUCGACUGCGGCAUGAAGAACAACAUCAUCCGCUGUUUGGUGAAGCUCGGGCUUCGGGUCACGGUGGUUCCAUGGGACUAUGACUUCACCAAGGAUAGCUUCGACGGGCUCUUCUUGAGCAAUGGUCCUGGGGAUCCCACCAUGUGUGCCAAGACGGUGGAGCAUGUGCGCACCAUCAUGAAGGAGCGCCCGAAGACCCCAAUCUUCGGCAUUUGCCUUGGGAACCAGAUUCUGGCCCUGGCGGCCGGAGCCUCAACUUACAAGAUGAAGUUCGGCAACCGCGGCAUGAACCAGCCCGUGGUGGACCUACGCACACAGAGGUGCUACAUCACGGCGCAGAAUCACGGAUAUGCGGUUGACAAUGCAAGCUUACCAGAGAGCUGGGUGCCGCUGAUGAUGAAUGCCAACGAUGGCACCAACGAAGGCAUCAUUCAUUCCUCAAGGCCUUGGUUCUCUGUGCAGUUCCACCCCGAGGCGUGCGGAGGGCCCACGGACACGGACUUCUUGUUCGACUACUUCCUGCAGUUCAUUGCGGAGCCGACCGCAUCCCCUGUGACUACCAUGCCUUAUUCCAUUCCCACCGUGUACAGGAAGGUCCUGGUCUUGGGAUCGGGGGGCCUUACCAUUGGGCAGGCUGGGGAGUUCGACUAUUCUGGCAGUCAGGCCAUCAAAGCCUUGAAAGAGGCAGGAGUCAUGUCUAUCCUCAUCAAUCCGAACAUUGCCACUGUGCAAACAUCAGCUGGCAUGGCAGACAGGGUCUACUUCCUGCCAGUGACGCCAGAGUUCGUGAUCAAAGUGAUCGCGCGUGAGAAGCCAGAUGGGAUUUUUGCCGCCUUCGGCGGGCAAACGGCCCUCAAUUGCGCUGUAAAGCUGCACCAGCAAGGCGCUUUUGAGAAGUACAAUGUCAAGGUGCUUGGCACCCAAAUCGAGGCGAUCAUGAAGACAGAGGACCGUGACCUGUUCAGCAAGGUCGUGGAGGCUUGUGGCGAGAAGAUUGCGGAAAGCGCCUGCUGCGACUGCGUGGGCGACGCCGUGGUUGCAGCCGCGAAGAUUGGCUAUCCGGUGCUGGUCCGUGCCGCCUACGCCCUGGGUGGCCUGGGCAGCGGCUUCGCCGACAACGAGGAGGAGCUCCGACGCCUGGUAAACGUGGCCUUGGUGAACAGUCCCCAGGUGAUCAUCGACAAGUCGCUGAAGGGCUGGAAGGAGCUGGAGUACGAGGUGGUGCGGGACAAGAACGACAACUGCAUCACCGUUUGCAACAUGGAGAAUUUUGAUCCCAUGGGUGUCCACACAGGUGAGUCUAUUGUCAUCGCGCCCUCGCAGACUCUGACGAAUGCCGAGUACUACCGCCUCCGCCAGUGCGCGCUGAAAGUGAUUCGGCACCUUGGGAUUGUCGGGGAGUGCAAUAUCCAGUAUGCCAUGGACACGAAGACAUCUGAGUUCCGCAUCAUCGAGGUGAACGCGCGGCUGUCCCGAAGUAGUGCUUUGGCGUCAAAGGCCACUGGGUAUCCGUUGGCCUACGUGGCGGCGAAGCUGGCGCUUGGGCACGACUUGGUCCAGUUGAGGAACAGCGUGACCAAGUGCACCACUGCAUGCUUUGAGCCCUCGCUGGAUUACUGCGUCGCCAAAGUUCCACGCUGGGACCUGCAGAAGUUCUCCACCGUGGACGCCCGCAUCGGGUCAGCAAUGCAAUCCGUGGGCGAGGUCAUGGCCAUCGGUCGCACCUUUGAGGAGACCAUCCAGAAGGCUCUACGCAUGGUGGACGAUGCGAGCCUGGGCUUUGAUCCGAUCCGCUACGACUUGGAGCUCAACCGGCGAGGGCUGCCCUCCUCGGGUCCCAACUUCGAAGUGGAGCUGAAGAAGGAGCUCAGCAGCCCUACGCCAGUCCGAAUGUGGGCCAUUGCCAAGGCCUUCGAGCAUGGCAUGAAUGUGGAAGAGGUCCACACUUUGACCAACAUCGACCGAUGGUUCCUGUCAAAGCUACAUGGCCUGCACAUGCUCAAGGGCACCAUGCGCUCUUUGGAUUUCUAUGAGCUGCGCCAGAAUCCGGUACUUCUCAGGGAGGCCAAGACCAGGGGCUUCUCGGACAGGCAGAUCGCCGCCAUCAUCUCGGCGCCUGAGAAGAUCAUGGACACUGAGCUCUCUCCCCAUCUUCUGCCUGUGGACCAUGGCUCCCAGCGCUACUCCGGAGGCCCCGUGACCGAAGCGCAUAUCCGACACCUCCGAAAGAAGCUUGGCAUCGUGCCCACAGUGAAGCAGAUUGAUACUUUGGCGGCGGAGUUCCCGGCCACAACAAACUACCUCUAUGUGACCUACAGCGGAGAGGAGCAU